GAUGCAGUGAAGACAGUGACAGUGAUGGAAGGAGAUUCAGUCACUCUACAGACUGAAACUGAACUACAGACAGAUGAUGUAAUAAUGUGGCAGUUUGAAGAUGAAAAGACUCCCAUUGCUACAAUCAACAGUGGGACAGAAAGCUUCUUUACAUUUGAUGUUCCUGAUGGGAGAUUCAGAGACAGACUGAAGCUGGAUCAUCAAACUGGAUCUCUGACCAUCACAAACACCACAACUAAACAUGCUGGACGUUAUCAAGUCAGGACAAAGAUCAUAUAUAGAUUCAGUGUUACUGUAUAUGCUCGUCUGCCUGCUCCUGUCAUCACCAGUAACACUUCGCAAAAUCCUUCAUCAUCAUAUUGUUCAUUGGUGUGUUCAGUGGUGAAUGUGAGUCAUGUGACUCUCUCCUGGUACAAAGGAAACAGUUUAUUGUCCAGCAUCAGUGUGUCUGAUCUCAGCAUCAGUCUCUCUCUACCUCUGGAGGUUGAGUGUCUGGAUGAUUCCUACAGCUGUGUUGUGGCUUAUUCAUUCACCAACCAGACCACACAUCUCAACAACACUCAACUCUGUCCAGCAUGUUCAGAAUGUGCCCACUGCUGUGGUCUUACUGAAGCUGUGAUCCGAUUGGUCAUCUCUGCUCUGGUGGGCGUGGCUACUGUUGUUGUGCUGGUAUAUGACAUCAGACCCAGAAAAGAGGAACAGCAGAGAAGAUCAAACCCUCACACCGACUAA